AUGGCAAACAACGACAAAUUUGAUGUAAAAGAAGUUCAUCUAAAACUUCUCGAUGAUCUCGUCAACGUGAAUUCACUCCUGACUAUAGCUGUAUUCGUGGGCUUAUCCAUGGCUACGCCAGGCAUCAAGAGCCUCGAUUCGAGACAAGAGUGUCACGCAGGCCCUAGAGAAGCCAAAAUGCUGAUUCUCUACGAAGUUAUCGCGUUUUCUUGCUUCCUCUUGUCAAGCAUCGUUGCCAAGGUACUCAAGCUUCAUCUCUACCUUGACGGGGCAGAUAAAUACGCCUUCACAACUCCAGAUUUCGAUUUGAAAGAAUUUAUGUUAGCAAUAUCUGCAUGCGGCUCGGUUGCUGGGAUAAUCUCGCUUUCUCUUUCGAUUGUGAAUAUAAUUCAGAUUCGAAUCGGGUUGCUAUCGUGCGGGUGCAGAGAAGCCACGGCUGCCGUGUUGUGUCUUGGCAUACUUGUGGGAUUUGCUUUGGUUAUUUAUGUUGUGUCGAUGGUAAUAGCUAUUUAUGCUUCGUUUAAGAGUGAUCAUGCUAAGGUUCUGGAAAAAGGUCAGGUUUAA